UGGGCUGGGAGGGGGCGACGCUGAAAUGGGGGCAGCGGCCACGGAAGCGGAUCGCACUCUGUUUGUGGGCAACCUUGAAACGAAAGUGACAGAGGAGCUCUUGUUCGAGCUUUUCCACCAGGCUGGGCCAGUAAUAAAGGUGAAAAUUCCAAAAGAUAAGGAUGGUAAACCAAAGCAGUUCGCAUUUGUAAAUUUCAAACAUGAGGUGUCUGUUCCUUAUGCAAUGAAUCUACUUAAUGGAAUCAAACUUUUUGGAAGGCCCAUCAAAAUUCAAUUUAGAUCAGGAAGUAGUCAUGCCUCACAGGAUGUCAGUUUGUCAUAUCUCCAGCAUCAUGUUGGAAAUUCAAGCCCUACCUCCACUUCUCCUAGCAGCAGAUACAAAAGGACAGUGGAUAAUGUGGCUCCAUCAGCACAGAUGAUCCAGAGGUCUUUCUCAUCUCCAGAAAAUUAUCAGAGACAAGCAGUGAUGAGCAGUGUUUUGAGACAGAUGUCAUAUGGUGGGAAAUUUGGUUCUCCACAUGUGGAUAAGUCAGGAUUCUCACCAUCAGUUCAGUCCCAUAAUCAUGCUUUUAUCCAGUUGUCAAGCUCCCAGUGGCGCCAGGAUACCCCGUCAUUGCAGCGUAAAGGCAGGCAGAAUUCUCACCCCUACCUGGCAGACAGACAUUACAGCCGUGAACAGCGGCACUCUGAUCACGGGUCUGACCGCCACUACAGAGGCAGCCGUUAUGAUUUCUUCUAUGAAGACAGGAACCAUGAUGGCUGGAGCCAUGACUAUGAUAACAGGAGAGACAGUAGUAGAGAUGGAAAAUGGCGUUCGUCCCGGCACUAACAAGUGUUAAAAGGAGGAUGUUUUAU